AUGGCUGGAUUUGGUUGUUGGAAGCACAGCUUCCACCAGCGAAGCGAGCACGAGGAGGAGAUCGAGACUCUGAAGAGCCAAGUUGAGGCAAUGAAGGAAGAGAUGGAGAGACAGCAGCAGGCCUUCAAGCAGACCCUGCAGCUCUCUCCAGAGGUCCAGGAUCCCAAAGAGUUACUAGAAAAAUUGGAAAAGAAUGAAAAGAAGCUGAAGAAACAGCUAAAGAUUUACAUGAAGAGGGUCCAAGAUUUUGAAGCAUCCCAAGCAAUGGUACAGAUGGAGAGGAGGCAGCACCAGCUCAACCGGCAGGUUGCAGUCCAGAGGAAGGAGAAAGAUUUCCAGGGAAUGCUAGAAUAUUACAAAGAAGACGAGCCUCUUCUCGUGCGAAACCUCAUCACAGAUCUGAAGCCCCAGACGGUGUCUGCCACCGUCCCUUGCCUCCCCGCCUGCAUCCUCUACAUGUGCAUCAGGCACGCGGACUACAUCAAUGAUGACCAGAAGGUACACUCCUUGCUCACCUCCACCAUCAACGGCAUUAAGAAAUUCUCUUUGCUCCUGCAGAAGCACAACAAGAACUUUCAGAUGACAUCGUUUUGGCUGGCUAACACGUGUCGCCUCCUGCACUGCUUAAAGCAAUACAGCGGGGAUGCAGGAUUUAUGACCCAAAACACUGCUAAGCAGAAUGAGCACUGUCUCAAGAACUUCGACCUGACCGAGUACCGCCAGGUGCUGAGCGAUCUCUCCAUCCAGAUCUAUCAGCAGCUCAUCAAGAUAGCCGAGGGAAUAUUGCAGCCCAUGAUAGUCUCUGCAAUGCUGGAAAAUGAGAGCAUCCAGGGGCUUUCCAGCGUGAAACCAAUGGGCUACAGGAAUCGCUCCUCCAGCAUGGAGGACAGCAACAGCUCGUACAGCUUAGACACAGUCAUCUACCAGAUGAACAGCUUCUACAGCAUCACGUGUGAUCAGGGCCUGAACUCAGAGAUCAUCCAGCAGGUCUUCAAGCAGCUCUUCUACGUGGUCAAUGCAGUCACCCUCAACAACCUGCUGCUGCGGAAGGACAUCUGCUCGUGGAGCACUGGCAUGCAGCUAAGGUUUAACAUAAGCCAGCUGGAGGAGUGGCUGCAUGGGAAGAACUUGCAGCAGAGCAGAGCGGCACAGACGUUGGAGCCCCUGAUUCAGGCAGCACAGCUCCUGCAGCUGAAGAAGAAGAGCUCGGAGGACGCCGAGGCCAUCUGCUCCUUGUGUACCUUGCUCACCACCCAGCAG